AUGGAGCCCCUCCUCGGUGACGAAUUUGAGCAGCGAUGUGACAUCUUACUUAGGAAGACGGAUAUGAAAAAUGUAAUCAUCCCGAGAAGAGAAAGCGGAACAAGCGUCGACAUAAACUUUGAAGAAGAUGGGGAGAAAAUUGAACGGAGAUUUAAACGGGUUAGAAUAAGGAAGCAUGGGGGCCUAUCAAUGUGCUGCUUCUCAGUAGGAAGGACAGCAACCAGGUUGGGGAAAUUCCUUCCCGGUGAUACGCUCAGAAAGUUGAGGAACCAAAGUAGCAUCGCGGUAAAGAUGAACAAUAAAAUGAACCAUUCCUUUGGCAGGAAUUACCAUUUUAUGCAAAAUGAUAAGAAGACAGCCCCUCUGGGUGACCCCUCCACAUCAGCGGAUAGAAAUCUGUCCCAAUUUGACGACUCCCAAAAGAGGGGGAAGAAAAAAUCUACCCCGUCUAAGGCUCUCCAUGAUGAGCAUUUGGAAGACAAAGCCGCGAAUCCCCAGAAGGGAAAAAAACAAAAGUGGAGACAUGACUCCCCCAAAGGGGGCAGACCAUCCACGAUCACUGAUUGGCUAACCAGUCAGGUGCGAAACUAUGCCAAUUGUACGUACCUCUUGGGGAGGAAAAAAUGUUACAUGUGUUUUAUGGCCACCCAGGGGAUACAAACGAGGGAAGAAGCGAAUGAAGCGAAGGAGAUUCCCGCCAUGGGUGUCUCCAUAAAUGAGUGGAAAAAAGGAAGAAGUUGGGGGGAAGACACAAACAAAUCAUUCACCUUCAGUUACGGAUUUUACACCAAGAAGGGAAAGUACCAUAACAAUGAGGACACAUGUUCGCAUGCCUCAUUCAGUUCUUAUGAAAUACAAAAGGGGGUGGAGAAACUCAUCCAUCGCAUGGGAAGCAGCGGAAGGAAAUUUAAUCUCUUCCAUGAGGUGUUAAAAAGGUUUCACCUACGUUCGUCGAUUCUUCGCCAUAGGGAUCGCUCUGCUCGGGAGGCUGAGCUCGGUGGAGAUAGAAAUGAAUUGAAUCCUCCCGCGAAACGUUCAAAUGGAGGCACUUGUAAGGUCUACUUAAAACCCGUGCUGCCCGUGUAUCACCUGGAGGAGGGGAGCCCACCGAAUGUCCCUCACCACCACGACAUGAUCUGCAGGUAUUUUUACGAAAAGAAGAGCGACGAUCACAGAGAGGGGGAAAGCCACCAAAAGAAGAGGACCAGACGCACACAAAGGAGAGAAAAAAGAAACGUGCCCAAAGACACACAUGAUGUCGAAGAAGGGACCAAAAAACUACAGUUAAAAUGUUUAACCCAGUGGGGAGAGAAAACCCAAAUGUUAGAUUCCCAGGGGGAAGAAUUCUACCAAACACAUAACCCUAACUUGCGCUUCUCCCAUUACUAUAAGUUCGUCUGUAAGGUUUGCAGGAAGUACCAAUAUAUGAAUGCCCAGCAGAGCCGGAUGUUGCAUCCGGCCUACCUGCGCUACCUCCAUGGUGUACCCAAAUGGGGAGGGAAGAAAAAAAAGAAAAAAUCGUGCCACAAGAUGAGCGCUUACACCUCCUCCAGUUGCUCAGACGAAUUUAACUACGUCAGGUUCUCUCCCCAGAAUGGGAAGAAGCGUUAUGGGGAAAAAGGCAGCGCGGAAACGGGCGCAACUGUGGAUGGGGAUUUUCCUGCCUUCUCCACUGCUAGACAGGUCAACAACUUUAGCGGCUUAAGCGGACAUACAGAUAGAUCCAUCCACGGGGAGGGCGAAAACCACCCGAGUGACUCCUCCCCAAGUGGAAGCACGACAAACAGUUAUGGCAGACUGAGCGACUACCUCACGAGCUGCAAAACCUGCAGGCAUCUUCUCAAAUAUGAUAACAUGGCGAACGAUUCUUUGUUGAAUUUUUGGAAGACGAAUUAUUUCAUGGAACACCCAUUUUGCCUGAACAGGUCAGAAAAAAAAAUGCUCAACCUAGUUGCAGCUAGCCAAGAGAGGGAAAAGACAAUGAUUAGAAAAAAUUUCCUAAAUGAUCACGACGAAAGGAGUGGUUUAGCUGAGGAGGAGAGGUGCCACGUCCGCUCUCAUUCCGAUGUGGAGACUUACCAAAACGGAAAGGAGCUGCAAAUGUGGAAGGAUGUGUUGGAGAGAUGUUCCACGAGAAAAAUUGCCCCGAAUGAAUGGGACAGAAAGGGAGAGCCCUCUCGAAGUUUCCUCAAACGGACGAGACAGAAUAUGAUUCGAUCGAGGGAGUGGAAAAGAUGGAUAGACAAAAUGCGAAGGUAUCUCUUUGAACAAUACUACGCGAGAUUGAUUGCCAAGAAGGAAUCGAAACCGAGUGAAGGACACUCCGAUGGAUCUUCUGAACAGAGAGGGUUGGAUAACAACUUUGACAUGCACUUGUUCACCAUAUGCGACGGUCAUGGCGAUUCGCAUGCUUCCCACUUCUUAAUUCAAAAUGUGCACAGGGUUUUUUACUACCUCCUCGUUCACACCCUCUUCAAUGUUUAUAUCUCCCUAAAGAUCUUACACCCCCUGUUGGAUUUUUUAUACUAUCGGGAGUGUGCAAGAGGGAGGAGUAGCAGCUGUGCCGGAUCGUGCAUUAUUAACAUCCUCCUAUGGGGGAACUACCUUUAUGUGAACAACACGGGGGAUAGCAGGUGCGCCAUGCUGACCUUUCACCUGGAUAGGUUUGAAUACAGUCGGGAGUCCCCCGCGGAGGAGGAGAAGGAACACCACAGGGCGAGAAGAAAGAAGCGAAGAGGGGGGAAGUCCAAGAAGAGGACGAAGCUAGGUGCCCGCGCGGUUAACCGCGACUGCGACUCCGAUGGCCAGUACCAGGCAUACGUCAUCAGCGCGAAGUCAUUUUCCUACAACGAGCUCAACUGCGAACACAACUGCAAUAGUUACAUGGAGUACUUGCGGAUGUAUAAGAUGCAUCUCUGUGAGGAGUUAGUCGGUCGGCAAGUGAGCACAGGGGAGGGACACCACCCUGGAGAGAGGCGAAACGAGAACGGGGACACUUCCGUGAGUAGGCCCCCCAGGGACAAGCUUCGACGGGGUGUGCAAGACGAAGAACAGAUGGAGAUGGAGGCACCUCCCAACAUGAAGAACACGAAGAAGAGGAAGAAAAAGGAGGAUCUGAAAAAGACCAAGAUGGAUAAACACUUGAACAAACAAAUCGCAAUGCUUAAUGGGUACCUACUGAGCGAACGCGGAAAGGAAAUAAACAUAGGGAACCUCUCCUAUGAUUUAAUAAAAUAUAAUAGAGUCGACGGGUGCCUACAUCCCUGCAGAGUUAUUGGAGACUAUGACUUGAAGAGGAAGUACUACAAUGAGCAUUUCAUCUUGUCCAACGAUUCGAAUGUGUACAAAUACGACAUGAAUAAUAUCAAUUUGGUCAAUAUGAUUCGUUAUCUGUACUUGAGGAAGUUCUGCGGGGCGUGCAGGAGGAGCUACCUCCUCAGUAACUAUGGCAAGAUUGGACCCAUCAGGGAGAUUGUCCUUUUGGACGUUCCGGAGCAGCCUCGCCAGGCGGGCAAAAUCCACACAGGGAGCGCUGCUAAUCUGCAACGUAGCAGCACUGUGAGCAGAGGAGAGGUGCCCCCUAAACCGCAUAAGCGGCCUAAACCGCGUGAGCCUUCCGAGGGGAGACCUCCCCCCGCCGGAUUGUGCUUAAAAAUUUACAGGGACGGCGCGCCCGACAGUAACCUGCCUACCAGCCAGGUGGAGAAGAAAGAAGAAAAUUUCCCUGUACAGCUAAACGAGCGGUUCGCACCCUACAUUAACAUCAAAAGUGUUUCCAUGAAUGAAAAUUAUUUAUGCUGGAAGAAACGAAGGAACUUUUUCCACUUGUUGAUCAUUGCGUCUGACGGCGUUUUCGAGUACGUCAACCCGCACUUCUUAUUAAACAUUUUAAAAAAAAACAAAUCCGUGUAUGCCAAGGUGAGGAAGCUGUACCGAACGUAUAACAUGCGAGAGUUGUUGACAACCACCCCAGGAGGUACCCCCCAAAGGGACAUAAACAAAAUGAUGCACAGGUAUAUGCUCACAAAAGAAGAUUGUACUAAACUGGCAAGGGAUAUUGUCAAGGGUUCCAUAAUGCAUGGCAAUUUGGACGACAGCACAUGUUUUUGUAUUUUUAUAUUUCCCACUUUUUUUGUAUGUGGAUAA